AAUGAAGCAGACGAGCACCACCACCUCCGUGCUGCACUCUGUUUCAGCUCAAGUCAUAGCCUCGAGUCUCCAAUUCCGUGCGACGUAUUCAUCGAUGCGCCAUCCUUCACGUUUCAGCACGCCUGCGCGCCCGCCGUUGCCCUGCGUCAGCUUUGGUCGCCGCCAUGUUUCCCGUGAAGCGCUGGGACGGCCUUCACGAGGCCCUCCCCUCGUCCUACCUCCUCGACUCCACUCCGCCGCUCAAACCUCCGCCCGCCAUUCCGCGCACACCCGCUUCCGCCCCGGCGAUCCCCGCGCUGAGCAAAGUUGAGACGGUUAGCGGCGGCGGGGGUAGGAAUGAAAAUGUUGCUGCGGAGAUUGCGGGAGGAAGCGUUAGUGACACGAAAAAGAAGGAUGCAUCUGCGGGACCUGAUCAGGAUGGCGCUGGUGCGAGGGCGCUUCAGGCACCAGCGCCCAUGGCUGAGCGUGCUGACGUGGGCCACGUUAAGUCUGACGCUGCUGACAUGGCGUCGCCCGCUGCCCCAGGGCAUGAAGCGACGGACGGCACAGCGGCUCGCAGGAAACGAAGAAAAGGCGAAUUGCGACGCGCAGAAGAGGCGCAUGCGACAAUUUCAGGAGAGUUACACGAUGUCGCACAUGCUGUGGCGAAUGACAAGGCAGGAGAUGAACUACGCGGCGAGGGUUCAGGGCUCGCAGCAAACACAGGGUUUAGGGUUGCAACUGGGAAGUCGGCUGACGAGGCUCCAGGAACCAGUGGGAAGGAGAAGAGGAGGAAACGAAGGCAGGAGGAUGUGGGGGGUUUUGCACUGGAGAAUGCGAGCAAUGCCUCGGUGCAGAGCGGUGGGGAGGGGCGGCGAGGAGGCGGAGAGGGGACUCGAGAAGCAAGAGGCGGAGGAGGGUUUGACCAAGGUUCGGGGUUUAUGGGUGGGGAGUUUGGAAAGCAGGAAGACUGGCAGGAGCAGAAGGGGGGGUUGGGGGAUGGCGAGGGAAAGGCGAAAAUGAAAAAGGAGAAGAAGGGCAAGGGGCGAGGGAAGAAGGGUGGGGAGUUGGACGGUGCAGAUCUCUUGUUGGGAGAAGAUCAGACUGUGGAGGAAGAUGCGGAGAGGGAGAGGGUAGGAGGGGGAGACAGGGAAGGGAACGAUGAUGAUGCUGCUGCUGCUGCUAGUGCGGAGGCAAAGCGUCAGGCGCCAGCUAAGGCGCCAGCAGCAGCAAGAGAGGCAGGGGCAGGGGGAGGGGGGGGAGGAGGGGCGGUGCUGCCGUGGAUGAGAGCGCCAGUGAAGUGCUCCACAGCUGAUGCCAUUCCUCUUCCCUCGGUGCCGAACCUAGACAAGCGCCUCCUGCACGCCCUCGCUCCGGCCGGCAUUUCUUAUCUCUUUCCCGUGCAAGCCACCGUGUGGCGCGAGCUGCUGGGGUUACCUGGUAACCACCCCCACUCCCAUGCCCAUGCAAGUCAAGCAGGCAGGAAGGGGAGGGAUGGGGGAGGGGGGAGGGCGGGCGCUGGUGAUAGGGGGAAAGGGGGGAGGAGAGGGGGGGAACUGGCGGAGUGGGAGGGGGGGGAGGAGCAGGAGGUGGAGGGGUUGCGGGCGGCGUCGCACGACUUGUGUGUGUGUGCGCCGACCGGGAGUGGCAAGACACUGGCGUAUGCGCUGCCCGUGGUACAGGCCCUGGCGGGGCGGGUGGUGCGGCGCGUGCGAGCACUGGUGGUGCUGCCCACCAGAGACCUUGCUGCUCAGGUGAAGCACGUGUUUGACACCAUCGCGCCAGCUGUCGGCCUCUCAGUGGCUCUCAUCAACGGCCAAUCGUCGCUCGCUGACGAGGCAACGCACCUCGUGCUGCACCCCGCCACCCCCUCUGGUCCCCUCGGGCUCCUCAGUAGCUUCAGCUACAGCCGUGGGCUCAGCAGCAAUGAUGGGGGCGGCGGCUGUAGCGGGGCGGAUAUCGUGGUGGCGACGCCUGGGCGGCUGGUGGACCACCUGCGGGGCACGGAGGGCUUCUCCCUGGCGCACCUGCAGUUCCUGGUGGUGGACGAGGCGGAUCGCCUGCUGCGCCAGUCCUACCACGACUGGCUGCCGCUCACCCUUGCUGCUGCUGCGGCUGUGGUUGGCAGCGCUGGCGGUGCGGCCACGUCAGCAGUGCAUGCUGACGUGGCCAUGAGCAUGCCGCUUGUGGGCGCCAUGCAUGGUCAUGGAGUCACGUGCGGUGCCCUCCCCCAUCCCUUCAUCCAUGGCUUAAGAUCCGACUCCCCCCUCUCCUUGCUCGCCGUGCCCAACGUGGAGCGCCAUCGGGUCAUCAAGCUCGUGUGCUCCGCCACACUCACUCGCGACCCCUCCAAGAUCCAACGGCUCCGAUUGCACCGCCCGCUCUUCAUCUCAUCUGCCUCCCACCUGCUCGCCUCUGCCAUGCUCCGCCACGUGGCAGCAGGGGGCACGCACCCCGCUGGGACCACUGCUGACGUGGAUGCUGCCGAUGCAGAUGCUGAAAUGGAGGAUGGUGAUGUGGCUACUCUAGGAAAGGGUGGAAUGGAAGAUGAGGGGAGGGAGGAAGAGGGAGAGGAGGAGGGAGGUGUGAGGCACUAUCACCUGCCUCCUCAAUUGGCCACAUCUAUGCUGGUGUGUCCGCGUGCCAGCGACAAGCCGCUGCUGCUGGCGGCUCUGCUCAGGCAGCUCACAGCAGGGGAGGGAGCGGGGGGAGGGGGGACGGAGGAGGCUGGAAUCAUCACGGCUGGUGGCGCAAGAGGGGCAGUGGGCGCUGUGCGCUUGACGCUGGUGUUUGCGUCGUCGCUGCAGGCGGCGCACCGCCUCUUCCUGCUGCUCUCCUCCUUCCCGCCCGCCUCGCUGCCCUUCGCCUUUGCUGAGUUCUCCUCUCGCCAGCCGCAGAGGCAGCGCAGUGCCAUUCUGGACAAGUUCCGGAGGGGAGAGGUGCAGGUGCUGGUGGCCAGUGACGCCAUGACACGUGGCAUGGACGUUGAGGGCGUAUUCAACGUCGUCAGCUACGACGCCCCCGUCUACCCGAAAACUUUUGUGCAUCGGGCAGGCCGAACUGCCCGGGCAGGCAGGCCAGGGCACUGCUACACCAUUCUAAGGAAGCAAGAGGUGCGGCACUUCAAGGCGGUGCUGGCUAAGGUGGGCUGUGCGGACUGCACUCAGGGCAAGGCGCCUACGGACCUCAUGGAGGGGCUCAGGGAGCACUACAGUGCUGCUUUGGAGAAGCUCAAGGCGGUGGUGGGGGAGGAGGAGCGCAGGGGCAAGUGACAUAAUCAGCUGCUCUGGUUACCAGGCCAACAGUAGAUGAGAUUUGUGUUCACAUCAAGUUGAUAUUAUUCUUUGCCCUUCAGUUCAAGUUUUUUAUAACG